CUGUACAGCUUAAGGGAAUUGCAGUUUUUGGCAUUUGUACCUAUGGACCAUCAAAAAAUGUCAUUCAAUUCUUCUAGUUACCUUUCAUGGCUGUCUCUGUACCUGCUUCUUCUACUUGUUUCUUUACCAACUCGAGCUUUCUCUGGCGAGACUGUCAAUUAUCUUCCUGGCUAUGAUGGUGAACUGCCUUUCAAUCUCGAAACAGGAUACAUUAGCGUAAACGAUUCGGAGCUUUUCUACUAUUUCAUUGAAUCACAGGGGAACCCUGAGGAGGAUCCUCUGUUUCUCUGGCUUACUGGAGGCCCAGGCUGUUCUACUUUCAGUGGAAUUAUCUAUGAAGUCGGUCCAAUUGAGUUUGAUAUUGAAAACUACACAGGGGGCUUACCAAAACUGAGGGAGUACAAAUAUGCAUGGACAAAGACAGCCAGCUUCAUAUUUUUGGAUGCACCAGUUGGAACUGGUUACUCUUAUUCAACAACCCAGGAAGGUUGGUACACUUCAGACUCAAAAUCUGCGGAGCAAUCCUAUCAGUUUCUCAUAAAGUGGCUAAUCGAACACCCAAAAUACCUUAAGCUUCAACUAUUCAUCGGCGGGGACUCUUAUUCAGGCAUAAUUGUUCCAUUAGUCACCCAGAAAAUAAUAGAAAGUAACCCGACGACAGAUGAAGUCCUGAAUUCGAACGCAAAGAUCGAAUUUGCUCAUCGCUUGGCACUUAUAUCAGAUGAAUUAAAUGAAAGCCUCAAAACUUCUUGCAAUGGGAGCUAUGUGAAUGUUGAUCCAUCAAAUGCAGAUUGUGUAGUUGCUCUCGCAGAAUAUGAUAAGUGCAUCGCAGAUAUAUGGACAAACUCAAUUAUUGAACCUAACUGUGUUUUCGCCUCCCCAAAAAUGAACCUAGAUAUUCCACGAAGAUUUCUUAAGCAACAUCAAGACAAUUUCAUUCUUUCACCACUAAGAAUUCCUGAUUUCUGGUGCCGGGGUUUUAAUUACACCCUUGCAUAUAUAUGGGCGAACGAUGUUGCAGUUCGAGAUGCAUUGCAUGUCCGACCGGGAACGGUUGAUUACUGGCUGAGGUGCAACUUGACAAUAUCAUACACAAAAGAUGUACAAAGUGUGAUUGAUGUUCACCGUAAUCUCAGCAACUUUGGCUUACUAGUUUUGGUACAGAGUGGUGAUCGUGACAUGGUUGUUCCCUUCACCGGCACGCAGACAUGGAUAAAAUCUCUAAACUUGACCAUUAAUUUUGAUUGGAGGCCAUGGUUCGUUGACGGUCAAGUUGCCGGAUACAACCUACAAUAUGAAAAAAACGAUUUGUUUUGGAUGACAUAUGCAACAGUAAAGGGUGCAGGUCACACGGCUCCAGAGUACUAUCGUCGAGAAUGUUUUGAAAUGUUUAAAAGAUGGGUCCAUUACUAUCCUCUAUAGAGUGUCAAAAGUUUUAUGCACUUGAACUGUUGUAUGAUUAAUUAAGGAUUUUGCCCUUUUUACUGGCUAUGUCAUGGGAUAAUAUGGCAUGAUUAUUUUGUAUUCUAAUGUAGAAGAUUGUGAUGUGGAGGAAUAAAUAUAGGCUGAAGGU